CAACGUCUUCUGACGUUUCGCAGUAGAAUCCAGGAAGUGAAGAGUCGCUUGUUGUUUUUGUCUGAUUGAUAGCUAGCUGCCUUCUCACAUUUUAUUUGUUACUUUUCGCUGGCCGAAAAUGGCGACUUUUAUUUCUGUCCCGUUAAAGAAGUCGUCUGAAGUCGACCUAGUUAAACCGCUCUCGAAAUUUGUUACGGCGUCAUACCCGACGGGCGAGGAUCAAGCUGAGUACAUCCGAUCUGUGGAGGAGUUGAACAAGCUGCGCAAGAGUGCUCUGGGGAGGCCGCUCGACAAACACGAAAGCUCGCUGGAAAUCCUCAUGAGGUUAGAAAUACUACCAGACUAACGUAACUAGCUAACUCCAGUUAGCCAUCUAACAGUUAGCUAGCUAUUUCACCUGUGCGGAAAGGGCUAGGCUGCUAAUUAUAACUCCAUUGCCGCACCCUGAAAUUCUCGGAAGCACUUUUUCCUUUUGAAUCAUGUGUUUAACAAUUUAUGACAAGUUAACGCAUUGACAAUCAAUCAAUGUCCAUAUGAUGUUACUGUAAUUGCUCAAUAACGAGUUCCCCAUGUGAAAUGAACCUGCUGUCAAUUAGCAAAGUAGCUACCUAGCUUGUUUAGCUAGCUAGUUGGCUAACUUUUAUGUUAGCCAAUUCAAAUAAACGUUAGCAUAAAACAGUGACAAUUAAGUAAUGGCUAUUUCCUUGCCAGAAGUUACCGACCCUACACUUACGCUUGUUUACAGUGAGGUGCACUGGGGUCAGAACGCAAUCAUGGUUACAUUAAGACACCAUAAAGCCUGUGCGAGAUAUGGGGAUUGGAUAUACCACUGUACUCCAAAAUGUACCUUUAUCCACAUUGCUCCAUCGAGAGGAUUGAAAAAUGCCCUUUAGUCCUCAUUCUAACAAUGCGCAGCCAUUUUGCUAACUAGCAUGAAAAGGGCAGUUUUCUGGGAAAACUAGCAGUAUUUGAAUCUUCUCUAUGGAGCAGUGUGGAUAAAGGUAACAUGUGGAUUACAGUGGCAUAUCCCAUCCCUGCAUUGAGGUACUUUGUCAGCUCCACGGUGUCUUAAUGUAACCAUGGUUGCGUUCAGACCACAGUGCAUGAGUCAGUUUGACCAGGCAAUAUCAAAUUUCAAUGUGUCAUUGUCAAAUUCUCUAACUUCAUCAAACCCAUGAAGACCAAUUACAAAAUCUCCAUGUUUCUAGCUAGUGUUUGUUGUUAUGUUAUUACAACAUUAUACAAGUAACGUUAGUUUCAGGAGGGUUAUGUGGGGGAGGUUUCAGGAUGUCUAACAUUAUCUCCUGUGCAAUAAAGACUCAGACCUCUUGGAAGGUCCCUCACUAUAGCUUCUUGAUAGAUACUCAACUGAACCAAGAUCUAGGUGGGAGGAUGCAACACGACAUAACUUUCAGAAUAGAAAUAGGCUAUGCUAUAUCAUGUACAUAUAAUAUAGUCCACCUGCCUGCCUCGGAGGCACUAUUCAGCUAAAUCCGAGCCAUCUCAUCUAAAAAGAAUACCCCCAACCCACACUGGGAGAUGGUAGGGAUGUUUUGCAUAGAGUUCCAUGGAGGAAACGGGACUGCUAUUUGGUUAACAAACCUCCUCUACUCUACCAAAGAAGAUGUCUCCAGUCCCCUGUGAUAUUACCACACGCAUUUUGGAGUGAUGACCUAUUUACUUUUCUGACUUUCUAUCCUCAGUUUCUCCAGCCAGUCAUCUAUUCUAUACAGUAGGCUACAAGUGACAUGAGCAGGAUUUAGACUUUGCUCCCCUGUAUAGAGUCAAUUGACUAAUAGUUUAGCCUUGUAUUGUCCACAGAGCAUUAUUUAAUACUAGUGUGUUAAAAUAGAGCCUUAGCAUCUCUGUUUGCUCUAAGGAGUGUUUGCUGGAGGAACUUAUUCAAUGUUAGCAUAGGUUUGCUAGCUACAAGGUGGUAUAGGGUCAUGCUAUUGCUGUCCUAUGUUAGCAUUCUGGCUAUGCUUUGCUAUACAGAGUUGGUAGGUGCCUAGGAGGUUAAUCUUAGCAUUGUAGCCUCUUCUUGGCUCUCAGCUCAUGUACAGAGCGAGCCAAGUAGCUAUGGCAACGGGCCUUGUAUUCCAUAUCCCUUUCACAGCCCUGCAGACACAGCCAUUGUGUCAGCAGCACUAGUCUAGUCACCAGCAGACCUGGCUGGGACAGAAUUGUACAAAUAAUUUGUUUUCCAUCAAAUACUUGAGGUGCGCACUUUCCACAUUAACUACCCCGGUGUAAUGGAACAAAUAGAAAUGUACCCCGGAAAUGCAAACUCUGUAUGUACGUACUUUAUUACUUUACAGCCUUAUUCUAAAAUGGAUAAAAUAAAAUACAUUCCUGAUCAAUCUACACACAAUACCCCAUAAUGACAAAGCGAAAACAGGUUUUUAGACAUUUUUGCAAAUUUAUUAAAAAUAAAAAGUAUUCACUAUUCAGACCCUUUGCUAUGAGACUUGAAAUUGAGCUCAGGUGCAUCCUGUUUCCAUUGAUCAUCCUUGAGAUGUUUCUACAACUUGAUUGGAGUCCACCUGUGUUCAAUUCAAUUGAUUGGACAUGAUUUGGAAAGGCACACACCUGUCUACAGUACCAGUCAAAAGUUUGGACACACCUACUCAUUCAAGGGUUCUUCUUUAUUUUUUACUGUUUUCUACAUUGUAGAAUAAUAGUGAAGACAUCAAAACUAUGAAAUAACACAUGGAAUCAUGUAGUAACCAAAAAAGUGUUAAACAAAUCAAAAUAUAUUUUAUAUUUGAGGUUCUUCAAAUAAGCCACCCUUUGCCUUGAUGACAGCUUGGCACACUCAUGGCAUUCUCUCAACCAGCUUCACCUGGAAUGCAUUUCCAACAGUCUUGAAGGGGUUUCCACAUAUGCUGAGCACUUGUUGGCUGCUUUUCCUUCACUCUGCCUUCCAACUCAUCCCAAACCAUCUCAAUUGGGUUGAGGUCGGGGGAUUGUGGAGGCCAGGUCAUCUGAUGCAGCACUCCAUCACUCUCCAUCUCGGUAAAAUAGCCCUUACACAGCCUGGAGGUGUGUUGGGUCAUUGUCCUGUUGAAAAACAAAUGAUAGUCCCACUAAGCCCAAACCAGAUGGGAUGGCGUAUCGCUGCAGAAUGCUGUGGUAGCCAUGCUGGUUAAGUGUGCCUUGAAUUCUAAAUAAAUCAGACAGUGUCACCAGCAAAGCACCAUAACACCACCACCUCCAUGCUUUAUGAUGGGAACUACACAUGCAGAGAUCAUCCGUUCACCCACACCACGUCUCACAAAGACACGGCUGUUGGAACCAAAAAUCUCCAAUUUGGGCUCCAGACCAAAGGACAAAUUUCCACCUGUCUAAUGUCCAUUGCUCGUGUUUCUUGGCCCAAGCAGGUCUCUUCUUCUUAUUGAUGUCCUUUAGUAGUGGUUUAGUGUUUUUUUUUGCAGCAAUUCGACCAUGAAGUCCUGAUUCACACAGUCCCAUCUGAACUGUUGAUGUUGAGAUGUGUCUGUGACUUGAACUCUGAAGCAUUUACACUGCUCAAAAAAAUAAAGGGAACACUUAAACAACACAAUGUAACUCCAAGUCAAUCACACUUCUGUGAAAUCAAACUGUCCACUUAGGAAGCAACACUGAUUGACAAUAAAUGUCACAUGCUGUUGUGCAAAUGGAAUAGACAACAGGUGGAAAUUAUAGGCAAUUAGCAAGACACCACCAAUAAAGGACUGGUUUUGCAGGUGGUGACCACAGACCACUUCUUAGUUCCUAUGCUUCUUGGCUGAUGUUUUGGUCACUUUUGAAUGCUGGCGGUGCUUUCACUCUAGUGGUAGCAUGAGACGGAGUCUACAACCCACACAAGUGGCUCAGGUAGUGCAGCUCAUCCAGGAUGGCACAUCAAUGCGAGCUGUGGCAAGAAGGUUUACUGUGUCUGUCAGCGUAGUGUCCAGAUCAUGGAGGCGCUACCAGGAGACAGGCCAGUACAUCAGGAGAUGUGGAGGAGGCCGUAGGAGGGCAACAACCCAGCAGCAGGACUGCUACCUCCGCCUUUGUGCAAGGAGGAAGCAGGAGGAGCACUGCCAGAGCCCUGCAAAAUGACCUCCAGCAGGCCACAAAUGUGCAUGUGUCUGCUCAAACGGUCAGAAACAUACUCCAUGAGUGUGGUAUGAGGGCCCGACGUCCACAGGUGGGGGUUGUGCUUACAGCCCAACACCGUGCAGGACGUUUGGCAUUUGCCAGAGAACACCAAGAUUGGCUAAUUCGCCACUGGCGCCCUGUGCUCUUCACAGAUGAGCACAUGUGACAGACGUGACAGAGUCUGGAGACGCCGUGGAGAACGUUCUGCUGCCUGCAACAUCAUCCAGCAUGACCGGUUUGGCGGUGGGUCAGUCACGGUGUGGGGUGGCAUUUCUUUGGGGGGCCGCACAGCCCUCCAUGUGCUCGCCAGAGGUAGCCUGACUGCCAUUAGGUACCGAGAUGAGAUCCUCAGACCCCUUGUGAGACCAUAUGCUGGUGCGGUUGGCCCUGGGUUCCUCCUAAUGCAAGACAAUGCUAGACCUCAUGUGGCUGGAGUGUGUCAGCAGUUCCUGCAAGAGGAAGGCAUUGAUAUUAUGGAUUGGCCCGCCGUUCCCCAGACCUGAAUCCAAUUGAGCACAUCUGGGACUUCAUGUCUCGCUCCAUCCACCAACGCCACAUUGCACCACAGACUGUCCAGGAGUUGGCGGAUGCUUUAGUCAAGGUCUGGGAGGAGAUCCCUCAGGAGACCAUCCGCCACCUCAUCAGGAGCAUGCCCAGGCGUUGUAGGGAGGUCAUACAGGCACGUGGAGGCCACACACACUGAGCCUCAUUUUGACUUGUUUUAAGGACAUUACAUCAAAGUUGGAUCAGCAUGUAGUGUGGUUUUCCACUUUAAUUUUGAGGGUGACUCCAAAUCCAGACCUCCAUGGGUUGAUAAAUUUGAUUUCCAUUGAUCAUUUUUGUGUGAUUUUUGUUGUCAGCACAUUCAACUAUGUAAAGAAAAAAGUAUUUAAUAAGAUUAUUUCAUUCAUUCAGAUCUAGGAUGUGUUAUUUUAGUGUUCCCUUUUUUUUUUUGAGCAGUGUAUUUUGGCUGCAAUUUCUGAGGCUGGUAACUAAUGAACUUAUCCUCUGCAGCAGAGGUAAGUCUGGGUCUUCCAUUCCUGUGGCGGUCCUCAUGAGAGCCAGUUUCAUAAUAGCGCUUGAUGGUUUUUGUGACUGCACUUGAAGAAACUUUCAAAGUUCUUGAAAUGUUCCAUAUUAACUGACCUUCAUGUCUUAAAGUAAUGAUGGACUGUCGUUUCUCUCUGCUUAUUUGAGCUGUUCUUGCCAUAAUAUGGACUUGGUCUUUUACCAAAAUAGGGCUAUCUUCUGUAUACCCCCCUACCUUGUCACAACACAACUGAUUGGCUUAAACGCAUUAAGAAGGAAAGAAAUUCCACAAAUUAACUUUUAAGAAGGCACACCUGUUAAUUGAAAUGCAUUCCAGGUGACUACCUCAUGAAGCUGGUUGAGAAAAUGCCAAGAGUGUGCAAAGCUGUCAUCAAGCUGCUAAAUGACUCAAAUGUAAAUGUAAAAUCAAGACAAAGGGUGGCUAUUUGAAGAAUCUCAAAUAUAAAAUAUAUUUUGAUUUGUUUAACACUUUUUUGGUUACUACAUGAUCCCAUAUGUGUUAUUUCAUAGUUUUGAUGUCUUCACUAUUAUUCUACAAUGUAAAAAAUAGUAAAAAUAAAGAAAAACCCUUUAAUGAGUAGGUGUGCCCAAACUUUUGACUGGUAGUGUAUAUAAGGUCCCACAGUUGACAUUGCAUGUCAGAGCAUAAAACCAAGCAAUGAGGUCAAAGGAAUUGUCCGUAGAGCUCCGAGGCAAGAUUGUGUCAAAGCACAGAUCUGGGGAAGGGUACCAAAACAUUUCUGCAGCAUUGAAGGUCCACAAGAACACAGUGGCCUCCAUCAUUCUUAAAUGGAAGAAGUUUAGAACCACCAAGACUCUUCCUAGAGCUGGCCGCCCGGCCAAUCUGAGCAAUCAGGGAAGAAGGUCCUUGGUCAGGGAGGUGACCAAGAACCCGAUGGUCACUCUGACAGAGCUCCAGAGUUCCUCUGUGGAGAUGGGAGAACCUUCCAGAAGGACAACCAUCUCUGCAGCACUCCACCAAUCAGGCCUUUAUGGUAGAGUGGCCAGACGGAAGCCACUCCUCAGUAAAAGGCACAUAACAGCCCAGUUGGAGGUUGCCAAAAGGCACCUAAAGACUCUCAGACCAUGAGAAACAAGAUUCUCUGGUCUGAUGAAACCAAGAUUGAACUCUUUGGCCUGAAUGCCAAGUGUCACAUCUGGAGGAAACCUGGCACCAUCCCUACGGUGAAGCAUGGUGGUGGCAGCAUCAUGCUGUGGGAAUGUUUUUCAGCAGCAGGGACUGGGAGACUAGUCAGGAUCGAGGGAAAGAUGAACGGAGCAAAGUACAGAGAUCCUUGAUGAAUACCUGCUCAGGACCACAGACUUAGGUGAAGGUUCACCUUCCAACAGGACAACAACCCUAAGCACACAGAAAAGACAACGCAGGAGUGGCGAGUCUCUGAAUGCCCUUGAAUGGCCCAGCCAGUGCCCGGACUUGAACCCGAUCUAACAUCUCUGGAGAGACCUGAAAAUAGCUGUACUGCAACGUUCCCCAUCCAACCUGACAGAGCUUGAGAAGAUCUGCAGAGAAGAAUGGGAGAAACUCCCCAAAUAGACGUGUGCCAAGCUUGUAGCUUCAUACCCAAGAAGACUCGAGGCUGUAAUCGCUGCCAAAGGCGCUUUGACAAAGUACUGAGUAAAGGGUCUGAUUACUUAUGUAAAUGUAAUAUUUCCGUUUUUUAUUACAUUUACAAACAUUUCUAAAAACCUGUUUUUGCUUUGUCAUUAUGGGAUAUUGUGUGUAGAUUGAUGGGGGGAAAAAACAAUUUUAUCAAUUUUAGAAUAAGGCUCUAACGUAAUAAAAUGUGGAAAGAGUGAAGGGGUCUGAAUGCUUUCCGAAUGCACUGUUUGUUUUGGCAUGCAGCAAACUGUGGAUAGCUUUUUUGAGUUACUGCAAAUACUUUAGGUCAGAGACCGAAUAAAAUGUUUGCGAUGCGCUCAUUAGCAGUUAGUUAGCAUUCUCUGUGGAAGUUUACAUGUACUUGUUAGCAUUGGUAACGGAUUACAGAGUAUCAGUGGGUUUUGGAAAUUGUGCCCCUUAUGUUCAGUGCCAGUAUUACCGAAUAUCCUGGAAUAGCACAAGGUUGAUAUGAGAAUCUGGAUUCCGCCCAAACCUAGUUGGUCAAUAACACAGUGUACACACCUCUAUUUUCUGUUUGGUCCAAACACUAAAAGUGUGUUCUCCCUCUUCUCCUGUAGGUACUAUGAUCAGCUGUGUGCCGUGGAGCCCAAGUUUCCCUUCUCUGAAAACCAGGUACAUAUAACCUCAUCCGGUCAAUACAAAAUACACACUGUUGCUGAGGGGAAUGCACAACAGUACAAUGGAAGACAACAAUAGAAUAAAGUACCUGUAUGUGUCUGCGUGGUACAGAGAAUUACGUCACACAUGAAACCGCUAAUAAAAAAAGUAAGGUUUGUUUGAUAAUGUUGCUAAUCUCUCUUUAUGUGUUCCUGCAGCUGUGUCUAACCUUCACAUGGAAAGAUGCCUUUGAUAAGGGCUCACUGUUCGGGGGCUCAGUCAAACUAGGUACACACACACACACACACACACACACACACACACACACACACACACACACACAAACGAGGCCUUCAGGCAUGGUUGUUCCAGUAGGUGUAGGAGCCAGUAAUAUUGUAUGAUGUGUUUUUCGUAUUUAUAAUCAUUUGUUUUGUCAUUAUUAUUGUAUAUCAUUGUUAUUAUUUUAGGCCUAUUUAUUCAUCUAAACCAGUUCUUUAAAUAUGCAAAAUAUGUUUUGUAUCAUUCUGUUGAGACAUUUUCAUUGGCUAAUUUCAGUUCGAUUUGUCUUUUUAAUUGUGUGCUCCGUAUUUAGUUAGGUUAUAAGUAUGCCUGUUGUAAAAUAAAUAUAAUUAGCAUAUUGCUGUCAUAGCCUGUUCAAAGCUUUUAAGAUUGAAAAACGUUUGCAAGUGUUUUGUUUCAUUCUGUUGAGCCAUUUUCUUUGGCCAAAUUAAGUUCCAACUGUAAUGUUGUGUUUGCCGCAAUAAUAAUAUCCUGCUUGUAUUUUCCCUAUAAACAACGGCUAGACUUACUUUUGGUGUGGCUAUUAGCCUAUUAUACUGCCGGCCUAUGAGAUGAAGGCAGUGUGUACCGGCAAUCCAACUGACUUGCACUGUUUUAGGCCUACCAGAGUUACUCCUAUAAUCUAACAAUAUAAUGCUGAUCUUUAUAAAAAAAUAUUCUGAUAGAAAAUGUAUGAAUUAGCUGUAUAUAUCUGUAUAGCAGACGCAGAAGCCUUUCUGACAAGGAUAAAGAAAUGUCCUGUCGUAUUAUGCCACUGGCAUAUCUCCAUCUGUCUCUGGGGCUAGGCCUAAGCUUUUCUUUUUAUAUUUAUCUUUUAAAUAUUAAUAUCAUACAGUGGACACCUAAGCCAAUAGGCAUAUACAGUGGGGAGAACAAGUAUUUCAUACACUGCCGAUUUUGCAGGUUUUCCUACUUACAAAGCAUGUAGAGGUCUGUCAUUUUUAUCAUAGGUACACUUAAACUGUGAGAGACGGAAUCUAAAACAAAAAUCCAGAAAAUCACAUUGUAUGAUUGCAUGACAUAAGUAUUUGAUACAUCAGAAAAGCAGAACUUAAUAUUUGGUACAGAAACCUUUGUUUGCAAUUACAGAGAUCACACGUUUCCUGUAGGUCUUGACCAGGUUUGCACACACUGCAGCAGGGAUUUUGGCCCACUCCUCCAUACAGACCUUCUCCAGAUCCUUCAGGUUUCGGGGCUGUCGCUGGGCAAUACGGACUUUCAGCUCCCUCCAAAGAUUUUAUAUUGGGUUCAGGUCUGGAGACUGGCUAGGCCACUCCAGGACCUUGAGAUGCUUCUUACGGAGCCACUCCUUAGUUGCCCUGGCUGUGUGUUUCGGGUCGUUGUCAUGCUGGAAGACCCAGCCACGACCCAUCUUCAAUGCUCUUACUGAGGGAAGGAGGUUGUUGGCCAAGAUCUUGCGAUACAUGGCCCCAUCCAUCCUCCCCUCAAUACAGUGCAGUCGUCCUGUCCCCUUUGCAGAAAAGCAUCCCCAAAGAAUGAUGUUUCCACCUCCAUGCUUCAGGGUUGGGAUGGUGUUCUUGGGGUUGUACUCAUCCUUCUUCUUCCUCCAAACACGGCGAGUGGAAUUUAGACCAAAAAGCUCAAUUUUUUUCUCAUCAGACCACAUGACUCCCAUUCCUCCUCUGGAUCAUCCAGAUGGUCAUUGGCAAACUUCAGACGGGCCUGGACAUGCGCUGGCUUGAGCAGGGGGACCUUGCGUGCGCUGCAGGAUUUUAAUCCAUGACGGCGUAGUGUGUUACUAAUGGUUUUCUUUGAGACUGUGGUCCCAGCUCUCUUCAGGUCAUUGACCAGGUCCUGCCGUGUAGUUCUGGGCUGAUCCCUCACCUUCCUCAUGAUCAUUGAUGCCCCACGAGGUGAGAUAUUGCAUGGAGCCCCAGACCGAGGGUGAUUGACCAUCAUCUUGAACUUCUUCCAUUUUCUAAUAAUUGCGCCAACAGUUGUUGCCUUCUCACCAAGCUGCUUGCCUAUUGUCCUGUAGCCCAUCCCAGCCUUGGGCAGGUCUACAAUUUUAUCCCUGAUGUCCUUACACAGCUCUCUGGUCUUGGCCAUUGUGGAGAGGUUGGAGUCUGUUUGAUUUGCUCGCAUCCGUUACAAGACCAUGGUGCUUGCCUAUGGAGCAGUGAGGGGAACGGCACCUCCGUACCUUCAGGCUCUGAUCAGUCCCUACACCCAAACGAGGGCAUUGCGUUCAUCCACCUCUGGCCUGCUGGCUCCCCUUCCUCUGCGGAAGCAUAGUUCCCGCUCAGCCCAGUCAAAACUGUUCGCUGCUCUGGCACCCCAAUGGUGGAACAAGCUCCCUCACGACGCCAGGACAGCGGAGUCACUCACCACCUUCCGGAGACAUUUGAAACCCCACCUCUUUAAGGAACACCUGGGAUAGGAUAAAGUAAUCCUUCUACCCCUCCCCCCCCCAAAAAAAAAAAAAAAAGUAUAAUUGUAAAGUGGUUAUCCCACUGGCUAUAGGGUGAAUGCACCAAUUUGUAGUCGCUCUGGAUAAGAGCGUCUGCUAAAUGACGUAAAUGUGCCCUUGAGCAAGGCACUUAACCCUAAUUGCUCCUGUAAGUCGCUCUGGAUAAGAGCGUCUGCUAAAUGACUAAAAUGUAAAAUGUAAAUGAUUGAGUGUGUGGACAGGUGUCUUUUAUACAGGUAAUGAGUUCAAACAGGUGCAGUUAAUACAGGUAAUGAGUGGAGAACAGGAGGGCUUCUUAAAGAAAAACUAACAGGUCUGUGAGAGCCGGAAUUCUUACUGGUUGGUAGGUGAUCAAAUACUUAUGUCAUGCAAUAAAAUGCAAAUUAAUAACUUAAAAAUCAUACAAUGUGAUUUUCUGGAUUUUUGUUUUAGAUUCCGUCUCUCACAGUUGAAGUGUACCUAUGAUAAAAAUUACAGACCUCUACAUGCUUUGUAAGUAGGAAAACCUGCAAAAUCGGCAGUGUAUCAAAUACUUGUUCUCCCCACUGUAUAUGCAUGCAAUGUCGUUAUGCAUUUGUUGCUCAAAUCUCCGACAGCUGAACUGUAAGGUGGACAAUUUUAUAUUUUAGGAAAGUAAAAACCAAAAAAACAAUAGACUAUAAAGCUUUGCAUAUGCUAAACAUCAAAACGCAAGGAAUAGUGUUUUUGUAAUUUGUUAAAAGGCUGGUUUUAAGGACACGUAAAUGUGGCUCAUUUGGCCAAUAUCCCUAGUUUAUUGAUGGCGCUGACUGCGUGGGUGGACACCCUAAUGGGUUACGCACCCAAUGCAUACGGACGACCGGUACAUUUCUCGAAUGUCAGAGAAAUUAAAUAUUUCAGGUCACUAUGUCCGGCGCCAAAUUUUCCUAAUGGAAACCCUGCAACAUACCUAAAUGAUUGCCUGUCUUUUUUUCUUUUUUUUCACCUUUAUUUAACCAGGUAAGCCAGUUGAGAACAAGUUCUCAUUUACAACUGCGACCUGGCCAAGAUAAAGCAAAGCAGUGCGAUAAAAAAACAACAACACAGAGUUACAUAUGGGGUAAACAAAACAUAAAGUCAAAAAUACAACAGAAAAUAUAUAUAUACAGUGUGUAGCACACGCCAGCCCAGCUUUGUCUCGCACCUCUCGCUGUAUCUCGCUAACACUAUUGUGAGGUAUGUCAGCCUCAUGCCUGAAGCAUGAUGAACAGGAAUGGCUGUGUAUUUGUAUAAUGUGUGUGUCUGUGUGUUUUAGCCCUGGCCAGUCUGGGCUAUGAGAAGACGUGUGUGUUGUUCAAUGGAGCAGCGUUGGCCAGUCAGAUCGCUUCAGAACAGAACCUGGACAGCGAUGAAGGACUGAAGGCCGCAGCCAAAUACUACCAGGUACUACUAUAGUAAUACUACCAGGUUCUAUAGUAACACUACUAUUUAUACCACAUCUAAUUACUACAGUACUACUAAUACUACAGCCAAAUACUACCAAAAUCUAUAGUACUUCUAUUACCACCAGGUAUUACUACAGUACUGCUAAUGAUAUUACAGCCAAUUACUACCUUUUAUUAUAGUAAUACUUAAAUACUACUUAGUAAUAAUAUAACCAAUACCCUCGCCCCUCUGUCUGUGUCUCUAUCCAUCUCUCUCUGUCAUACUGUCUCUCCCUCUUUCUACCACCCCCCCUCCAGUUGGCGAGUGGAGCAUUUGGUCACAUUAAGGACACAGUGCUGUCGGCUCUGAACAGAGAGCCUACUAUGGACAUAUCUCCUGAGACCGUAGGAACCCUCAGUCUCAUCAUGCUGGCUCAGGCACAGGAAGUCUUCUUUCUCAAGGCUACGUCAGGUACACACAUACGUCACACACACACAUACGUCACACACAUGCUAUACACACACUUUACACGUGUGUGUGUGCAUGAUUCGAGUAACCAUUGUAUCAUUUUCCCUACAGAUAAGAUGAAGGACGCCAUCAUCGCUAAACUGGCCAAUCAGGCAGCAGAUUUCUACAGCGACGCCAUCAAGCAGUGUCAGUACAAAGAGAACCUGCCCAAGGUAUGUAGAAGUGUGUGUGUGUGUGUGAACUUCUUACUAGACAAAUAAGGAUAACACUCAGGGUGUGGAACUUUCACUAUCUCUGUUCUGAUUGGUUGAUUACCAUACAGUCUCCAUUCUGAUUUGUUAAUCACUACCUGGGCUGUUUUCUCAUUGGUUGUUCUUGUUCACUACUUGGGCUGUAUUCUCAUUGGCGCUUUCACCGUCUGACUCCCGUUCUUAUUGGUCUCUCACUACCUAAUAAUGGGCUUCUGAAUGUGUGUUUGAAAUCUGACUGACCUGUCUUACUACUAAAAGACGCUCACACACACACACACACACACGGUCUGGGGUGGGAACACAUGGGCUGGACUUUGCAGACGCACACACUUCUCUGUAUUAUAGUUUGGGUGAAUGUUGCAGAAAGGUUAAUCACUCACUGCCUGUCCUGUUUUGUUCUCUCUCCCGUUAUCCUCCGCUCUCUGCAUGGUGGUGUGUGUGCGUGUGUUCCUGAUUGGCUUCCGUGACGUGAAACUCGUUCGUGAUUUGCUCUUGGCGGUGUUUGUGUUGUUCUUUGGUUUGCCCUUGGUUUGCCCCGUGUGUGGAUGGUUUGCCCCGUGUGUGUGCGCAUGUGUGCGCACUGCUCUGUGGUUGCUUCUCCCUGGUCAGUAUAUUUAUUUCCAGGAGGUGUUUCCGGUGCUGGCAGCUAAACACUGCAUCAUGCAGGCCAACGCUGAGCUGCACCAGUCUAUCCUCGCCAAGCAGAAGAAACACUUUGGGGAGGAGAUCGCUCGCCUGCAGGUACACACACACACACACACACACACACAGCGCAACCCUAACCCGGUGGUUCCUACAGUGUACCCAACCUGAAAAUGUAGUGAUUUUCCUAUGACCAAAUAAACACAACCACUCAACCAAAGUCUUCAUACUUUGUUUUCUAUUCUCUUGUUCUCUCCAUCCCUCAUCACACUAGUUAGUGGAGUCUAGCCUCCCUUUAUGAUUGACAGUGCGACGGAUCCAACUAUCAUUCACUCCUCUUGUCUCCUUCCCUCCAUCCCUGCAGCAUGCUACAGAGCUGGUGAAGACAGUAGCAUCUCGCUAUGAUGAGUACGUCAGUGUGAAAGACCUUAGUGAUAAGAUCAGCCGUGCUCUGACCGCCGCUAAGAAGGACAACGACUUCAUCUACCACGACCGCGUCCCUGAGGUCAAGGACCUGGAACACAUCGGCAAGGCAGCGCUGGUCAAGGCUACCGCAAUCACACCUCCGCUCAGCGCCAAGUUCACUGGUGAGAGAACGAGUACACACACAACCACUCAGCACCAAGUUCACUGGUGAGAGAACGAGUACACACACAACCACUCAGCACCAAGUUCACUGGUGAGAGAACGAGUACACACACAACCACUCAGCACCAAGUUCACUGGUGAGAGAACGAGUACACACACAACAACUCAGCACCAAGUUCACUGGUGAGAGAACGAGUACACACACAACAACUCAGCACCAAGUUCACUGGUGAGAGAACGAGUACACACACAACCACUCAGCACCAAGUUCACUGGUGAGAGAACGAGUACACACACAACCACUCAGCACCAAGUUCACUGGUGAGAGAACGAGUACACACACAACCACUCAGCACCAAGUUCACUGGUGAGAGAACGAGUACACACACAACCACUCAGCACCAAGUUCACUGGUGAGAGAACGAGUACACACACAACCACUCAGCACCAAGUUAACUGGUGAGAGAACGAGUACACACACAACCACUCAGCACCACUCAGCACCAAGUUCACUGGUGAGAGAACGAGUACACACACAACCACUCAGCACCAAGUUAACUGGUGAGAGAACGAGUACACACACAACCACUCAGCACCAAGUUCACUGUUGUGGGACACACACAUUCUGUCACACACGCUUUUGCUUUUUGUGUAGAUGUCUAAUAGAAUUUGCAAAUGUGUGGGUUAGUUUCUGACGUGUGUGUGUGUGUGUCUCUCUGUAUAGACUUGUUUGAGAAGAUGGUGCCCAUGGCGGUGCAGCAGAGUAUGAGUGUGUACAGCCAGAGGAAGGCUGAGACUGUCAACAGACUGGUGGGAACCAUGAGGGAAGCUACCAACCUCUGCAACGGGUAUGGAUGUUACUUUUAUCAUUUAACAAUUGAAUAGUGUUUGGCAACUCUAUUGAUUUGAAUACAUAUAUCAAUAAAGACGACAGCGCACUGUUACAUCAUCAUACACUGAGUGUACAAAACAUUAGGAUCACCUUCCUAAUAUUGAGUUGCACCCCCUUUUGCCCUCAGAACAGCCUCGAUUCGUCAGGGCAUGGAUUCUACAAGGUGUCGAAAGCGUUCCACAGGGAUGCUGGCUCAUGUUGACUCCAAUGCUUCCCAUAGUUGUGUCAAGUUGUCUGGAUGUCUUCUGGGUGGUGGACCAUUCUUGAUACACACAGGAAACUAUUGAGCGUGAAAUACCCAGCAGUGUUGCAGUUCUUGACACAAACUGGUGCGCCUGGCACCUAGUACCAUACCCUGUUCAAAGGCACUUAAAUAUUUUGUCUUGCCCAGUCACCCUCUGAAUGGCACACAUACACAAUCCAUGUCUGUCUCAAGGCUUAAAAAUCCUUCUUUAACCUGUCUCCUCCCCUUCAUCUACACUGAUUUGAAGUGGAUUUAACAAGUGACCUCAAUAUGGGGUCCUAGCUUUCACCUGGAUCCACCUGGUCAGUCUGUCAUGGAAAGAGCAGGUGUUCUUAAUGUUUUGUAUACUCAGUGUACGUAGUCUUUAUUGGUGGUGAAAUGUGUUAAUAAUUAAACAGUGUGUUGGCAUGUCUAUAUUGAUAAUGAAUUCAUAAUUGAACAACAGUGUCCUGGCGUCUCUGAACCUGCCUGCGGCUCUGGAGGACCUGUCUGGAGAUUCUAUCCCACAAUCCAUUGUUGAAAAGGCCCACGCCAUCGUCCAGCAGGGGGGGCUGCAGAGCAUAGAACAACUGAUCCGAGACCUGCCGGAACUACUGACACGCAACAGAGAGAUCCUGGAUGAGGUAUAUACACACACACACACACACACACAUGUUCAUAUACCCAUGAUAUGUAUUGUAUAAUGUGUGUGUUUGUUUGUAGUCUCUGAAGAUGCUGGAUGAUGAGGAGUCGACAGACAGCGAGCUGAGAUCCAAGUUCAGCCAACGCUGGAACAGAACUCCCUCUGGAGACCUCUACAAACCACUUAGAGCAGGUACACACACACACACCUACUCAUGCCUACACACACAUCCAAAAACAAACAUACUGAUAGGUGUGUUGUGUACUACCUUGGAAUGAAAUGAUAUUUAUUUAUUCUUCUCUACCUCCCCUCCACCUCCGGCGGGCCAGAGGGUGGUAACUUCCGUAGUGUUUUGGACAAGGCAGUGCAGGCUGACCAGGUGGUCAAGGAGCGUUAUAACACACACUGUGAGAUGAUCGCUCUGCUCUGUAAACCUGAGGCUGAACUCACCGCUGCCAUACCUUCAGCCAACCCUGCUAAGACACUGCAGGGCAGCGAGGUGAGGGAUGGAGUGUGUGUGCUCUAACAGUGUACAUCCUUUUCGUGUGUGUGUUCUAACAGUAUGUAUUCUCCUCUCUCCCUCUAGGUUGUGAGUGUGUUGCGUUCCCAGCUGUCCCAGCUAGAGGAGGUGAAGAGAGAGAGGGAGGUGCUGGAGGCGGAGAUUAAGGGCGUGACCUUUGAUAUGUCCUCCAGCUUCCUGACGGCUCUGGCUCAGGACGGGGCCAUCAAUGAGGAGGCACUAUCAAUGAGCCAGCUGGACCAAUCAUACGGCAGCUACAGCCAGAGGGUUCAGGCCAGCCUCCGCUCUCAGGAAGAGCUGUUGGGCAAUGUGCAGGUAGGCUACACACACAGAGAGAUACGCUCGCCUAAACACACCUAUACACACUUUCCACAAAAACAUUUUUCAGAUGGCGAGAAAUGUUACGUUAUUGAUUCUCUCCUUCUCCAAUUGUUGAUUGUCUUCACCCCCAGGCAUCUCACCAGGAGUUCUCCAGUCUGAAGCAGUCCAACUCGGAGGCUAAUGAUCGUGAGGAGGUGUUGAAGAAGCUGGCCUCGGCCCACGACAGCUACGUCGAGAUCACCAACAACCUCAGAGAGGGCACCAAGGUAACUGUCGCCUAGGGAAUGGCAGGGAGGGUUGUCUCUAGGGAAUGGGUGGGUUGUCCAGGGAAAAGGAGGGCUGUUUCUAAGACAGUGUCACCCAACAAUACACAUUUUUGUUCUAACACCGGAAAAACACAACCGAUUGAACUUGACAAGGGCUUGAUGAUUGGUUGACUUUGGUUGUCUCUGUCUGACCAAUCACCUUCUCGCUCUCUGUAGUUUUACAAUGACCUCACAGAGAUCCUGCUGAAGUUCCAGAACAAGUGCAGUGACAUCGUCUUUGCCCGCAAGACAGAACGGGAUGAACUACUGAAGUAUGUGGUGGUGAUGUUGUCUCUAUAACGAUGCGUCAAUUGUUAUGAAUAUUUGUAAUAAUCACUGCAUUGUCUUAUUAAUGAAAUAUCAUUGAUUACAUCAUGUUUUUAUGUGAUUGGUGAUUCAUGUGAACUAGAAAUGACCAUGACUAGCAACUGAUGUUGGGGUCGCCGUGGUGACCGCUGACUGACAUUGCUGCUGUUGUGGUUAUCCACCCAGGGAGUUGCAGCAGAGCAUCGCCAGGGAGCCCAGCGCCCCGUCCUUCUCUGUCCCCGCCUACCAGACUAACCCCACCCCCACCGCCGCCGGACCAACCCCCGCACCUAGGACCGUCUUCGUAAGUAGCCAAUCACAGCUCGGUAGGUUGGAGGGAGGAGCCAAUCAGAGGGCAGCUCUGUGCCAAAGAGAAUUCAAUUAAACUUUCCCGGUUCACUGGGUAGGCGGAGUUUGCAUCGGGUGAAAGUGAUUACAUUGUAACCGGGCUGCCUCCCGGGUGUGUCGGGUGCCCCAUCCAAAGCCGAUGGUGAAGUUGGCUCAACAGAGUGACGUAUGUGAAGCACGUGGAGUAAUGACUUACGAUAUGACUGUUUGAUUUGAGCAGUUUUACCCAGUCGUGACGGGCCAUAGCCCGGUGCACCCCGGUUCAGCCUGAUCCAACUCCCUCAAUCACCACAGAGACAUGACUGUAAUAGUGUCUCUUAUUGUGACGUUGUAAAAAUAUCCCUUUUCAAGCAAUCAAUUAAAUGUUUAUCAGCAGUUGUCAUAAGGUUUACUAUUUAUCUAUUUUGAUUAUGAUUUUUAUUGACCUCAGAUCUUCCUCUCCCGUUCCCAGCAGCCCCAGCAGCCCCAGGCGAAGGCCCAGCCACCCGAGCGGCCCCCUCCCCCUGCGUUCACUACCCAGGCCGCCUCCGCACCAGGCAACCCUCCCAGUAACCAGCCUCAACCAGUAAACCCCCCACCCAUGGCCCCUCCCUCAAUGGCCCAGGGACCGCCUUACCCCACAUACCAGGGAUACCCUGGGUGAGUCAAUCAAAUCAAUCAAUAUCGUUAUUGUCCCAGUUGGCAGGCUGUGUGAGUUGCAGAGCUGUAACCCGUCCGUUGUUCCAGUCUCAAUUCCAUUGCAGUCUCACUUCUGUUAACUCUCUCUCUCUCUCUCUCUCUUCUAACUCUCCCUGUCUUCUCUUUCACAUACACACUAACCUCUCUUUCUGUGUCUCCAGGUAUGCCUACCAGAUGCCUAUGGGUUAUAACCCGUAUGCAGCGUACGGCCAGUACAACAUGCCCCCCACUAUGCAGCCCAACAUGCAGCCCUACGUCCCCUAUCAGCAGGCCCCAGCACCCGGACAGGGGAGCUACCCCGGGGCCGCCCCCACACAGCAGCACCCCUACAUCUACCAACAGCAGCCCCAGCAACCACCACCACAGCCAUACUACCCACAACAAUAACUACUUUAUCUAUCACUCCUCUCUCCUCCAUACCUCCCCUCUGCUAUCCCUACUCAAACCGACAGCAGAAACCAUGCUACUACCCCCAGCAAUAACUCCUCAAUCUCUCCAUCACUCUCUCCCUCCUUCC